GUUUCUUUCCAUCGUCUCUCUCGCUUCUUCAAGGCCACUCAUCUGAUCUCAUUCUCAUCAUGUAACGGAAAACACCCCUCCAGUCCCUCUUCCUCUUCUUCUUCUUCUCCAUACAGUCACAGAGCAAAUAGCUACCAACAAUGGCGGCUGUAACCGGCGCGCUGGGAGCUCUACGAUUGAACCCUACGAAUGCCGCAACGUUCCACGCCGAGCCACCGCGACUCUGCAGCUUCAACUCCCAAGGACAUAGACGGAAGCCUUGCCGCAAUGUCCGGUGCCAAUCAUCGCUGACGAACCAGCAGCAACAGCAGAAGGACAUUCCCUUAUUUUCAGAACCGGAGAACCGGCUGAUCGACGCUCUCAUCGGAAUCCAAGGCCGCGGAAAAUCCGCCAGUCCACAGCAGCUUAACGAAGUGGAGCAAGCAGUGAGGGUUCUGGAAGGACUAGAAGGGUUGCCUGAUCCGACAGAACUGGAAUUGAUAGAAGGCCGUUGGCAAUUGAUGUUCACCACGAGGCCAGGAACUGCUUCCCCAAUUCAGAGAACGUUUGUGGGUGUUGAUUUCUUCAAAGUGUUUCAAGAGGUAUACCUUCGUACAGACGAUCCCCGAGUUUCCAACGUUGUGGUGUUCUCUGAUGCUGUUGGUGAGCUCAAAGUGGAGGCUGCAGCAUCAAUUGCAAACGGGAAGCGGAUACUCUUCCAGUUCGAUAAGGCGGCUUUUUCCUUGAAAUUCUUGCCCUUCAAGGUUCCAUAUCCAGUGCCAUUUAGGCUGCUUGGGGAUGAAGCAAAGGGUUGGCUGGACACCACCUAUUUGUCCCCCUCUGGAAACCUUCGCAUCUCAAGGGGGAAUAAGGGCACCACGUUUGUGCUGCAAAAGGAAACUGAACCUAGGCAAAGACUGUUGUCAGCCAUCUCUACGGGAACACAAGUCAUGGAGGCAAUCGAGGAGUUCCUACGAGCCAAUGACAAUGUAGGUCAAAGUGAACAAGAACUUGUUGAAGGAGAAUGGCAAAUGGUGUGGAGUUCUCAGACAGAAACAGAUAGUUGGAUAGAGAAUGCUGCCAAUGGUCUCAUGGGAAAGCAGAUUGUGAAAAGCAAUGGACAGCUGAAGUUCGUGGUGGACAUGUUGCUUGGACUCAAAUUCUCCAUGUCGGGAACGUUUGAGAAGUCCAGCAGCAGCAGCAGCAGCAGCACGUACAGCGUGAUAAUGGACGACGCAGCCAUCAUUGGAGGCGCAUUUGGGUACCCCAUAGAGCUGCAAACCAAGAUGGACUUUGAGUUGCUAUACACAGAUAGCAAAGUGAGAAUCAGCAGGGGUUACAAUCGCAUUCUCUUUGUGCAUGUACGGGUCGAUGGAACCACAGUGCAGAAAUGAGCCCCUUCUGUCAGCCAAAGCCAACUCGGAGAGCUGUACUAGUAUAUGCUAAUUGUACAUUGAAUUGUGUAAAUACCAAAUAGUGAUGGCGAGUUCAUUCGGAGAAUGAAUCUAAUUAUGAAACUCCCUACAUAGGCAGGCAGAAGUGCUAUCUUCAUUACAACAAAAUCUUACUUAUUGAAGUGGAUUGAUCUUCUUCAUUAUUACCAUUGUUUAUUGGUUAGAUCUAAAGUCACAUCUUCAUUGUGACAUUUUGUGAUUAAUCCCAACACAAUAUUAAAUUGCAAUUCAUUCAAGCCAAAGUAAUACUCAACAAC